AACAAAAAUAUUUCAGUCAUUAAUUUCAAAAUUUCAAUUUAAUUUUAUUAUUUAGUUAUUUCUUUUAAUAUUACCUCAUGAUACUGUCGGGUUACAUUAACUUGUUACUUUAGCGGAUAAAUAAUCAUACUAAAACAAAUAAACAUUAUGUUUUUAAAAUAAGGAUUAAAAUCAGGGACUCCAAAUAUUGGAGUAUUAAGAGUAUUAAGUGUAUACUGCGUUAAAAAAUCGGUCUUAUGUUUGAUAAAGUAAAGACAAUUUUUCAUCGGCAAUGGGACGUCACUCACACAUUCUUAAACGAACGCGUCCGGGAACGCUUCUCGCGAUGUUUUGUCUGUUGGAGUAUGAAGUGUUUAUUGCGUUGAAAAACCGGUCUUAUGUCUAGACAACAAAGUCUAUUUUCUUUCGGCAUUGAUAGAAGUCUCUCACUCACACAUUACUAAUCGAACGCGUCUCUGAACACGUCCCCGCAUUGGUUGGACCGUUAGAGUAUUUGCGAGUAUUGGACUCGCACUCUGUUGACGUCUUGCGCUCCUCGGUACUCGGUACUUCUAAAUACGCUUAAUACGUGUAUAAGUCCCUGCUCCGUACUCGUACGCCAUACGUCUUCCAACAAACCUAGUGUUAAGACCUGCUCCAGUAUAUACGCCUCACCUCUACAAAGCAGUCAAAACAUUGCCAUGCUUUCCUAAAUCAAUUUUUUAAUAUUUUAUUAUUUGUUUUUGAUUUUUGCUAAUAAUUGUAAAUCUUAAUACAGAAAUGGCUUGUAAACUUCAUAGAGUGCGAUAUUACAAUCCUAAACCAGUGCAAGUGAAUUGUGUUGCAUUCAAUAAAAGCAACAAACUUCUAGCUUUAGCCAGGCAGGAUGCAUCUAUUGAGAUAUGGGACUUAAAUUACGCUCCAUACCUCAUCAAAUGUAUACCGGGGGUUGAAAACACUUCAGUUGAAGCUUUAGGUUGGGUGAAUGAGAGGUUAUUGUCAACAGGACUGGGCGGUGCUCUUGUCGAAUGGGAUACUGACAAAUUGAGUAUAAAAUACACUGUAAUGCUAACAGGGUACGCUGCAUGGUGUCUUGAUGUGAAUUCUGCCAAAGAGUUGGUGGCAGUGGGAACAGAACAGGGCUAUGUUAAUCUAUAUUCAGUUGAAAAUGAUGAAAUUGUUUAUAGAAAAUUGUUUGAUAAGCAAGAAGGAAGGAUAAUAUGUUGUAAAUUUGACCAACCAGGAAAUAUAUUAGCCACAGGUUCUAUAGAUUCUAUAAGAGUUUGGAAUGUGGAGACAGGGCAAGCAACCUGCAGGAUAUCUGUGGCCAGAAGAGGCAAGGAGACCAUUGUGUGGUGCCUGGCUGUACUGUCUGAUGGUGUUGUGGUCUCUGGUGACAGAUAUGGAAGACUUACUUUCUGGGAUAGCAAUUUGGGCGAUCAGAUAGAAUCAUACACAACUCACAAGCGUGAUAUACUAUGCAUAGCUGUGUCAGAUGACGAGAACAGCAUGUACUUAAGUGGAGUGGACCCGGUCAUUGUACAGUUUGUGAAAGUGAAGAGUGGCUCGAACAAACAGACCAGUGCUAAUUGGGUAAAAAAUGUACAGAGGAACAUACACGAACAUGACGUCAGAGCCCUUGCAAUAAAUGGUGAAAAAUUAAUAUCAGUUGGAGCAGACGGUUAUUUAACACUUUCAAGUUAUCCACCAAAAUGGGUUAUGAGAAUACCUCCUAUGGUUCCAUAUCCAAGAUCAUCUGUUUGUGCUGGAAAAAAGUUGUUAUUAUUAAGGUACAGCAACUAUCUUGAAGUUUGGAAGCUAGGUUCGUAUGCAGUGAACAAGAAUGGAAAUGUAAUUUUAAAUAAUACUAAUAUUAAAAAAGAAAUAAAACAAGAAAAUACCAGAACUCAGCUGGAGGAAGACACUGAGGUUAUAGCCCCUAAUGAGAUAGACAGGCAUGACAAGAAACAGAAGCAGACUUUAAAACUGACAGAACAGCCAUUGAAACUUGUAUCAAUACAGGCUAAAGGCAAGAAACAAAUAAAAUGCUGCGAACUGUCGCCCAGUGGGGAGUUAGUGGUGUACUCUACAGAGAGUCAUAUAAGAAUGCUUAAGUUGGAAUGUGAUGACGAAAGCAAUAUAUCUUUAACGAAAGUCCUAAUCAGCGGUAUAACAUGUUGCGACCGUGUGGCCUUCACUGCUGACUCCAGGACGUUGGUCGCUUGUUGUAGCGGAGAACUGAAGAUAUUGCAGGUGGACCCUGAGGCAGGGGCCACUGUCAUCCAGACCAUUGCUUGUGACAAAUAUCUAAAAACAAAAUCGAUAUUACACCUCGUUGUAUCGAAAGUAACGCCGACAUCGUACAUAGUGGCCGCCGAUACUAUGGGACGUAUUGCUGUUUGGAUAAAGAAAGCGAAGAAAUUCGAAUUCUACGUAACACUGCCAAAGUAUCACUGUGUGCUCUCUGCUAUUACCAUAGACGAUAGACGAGAAACCCUCAUUGUGGUGUAUGUUGAUCAAAAGAUAGUGGAGUACAGUUUGGUGGAUAAGCAAGUGACGUCAUCCAACAAAGCGGAGCUCCACGCUGAAUGGAGCGCGCGCACGGCGCCCGUGGUGUCGCUCAGCGCGCACCCGCUGCGCGACGCGCUCGUGUUGGAGGACGAUGUCUCGCUGUGGGUGCUGGACAACAACACGACGAGUGAUUUCGAGGAACAACCGUCAGCGCCCAAAAAAAAGCAAAAGUGGUUCAAAAAAUUGCAAACCACAGGACUUCACGUUAUCCCACUAAAGUACCUAAGUGGUUUCCACUGGCUGGGGGACGAUGAAGCGGUGACAUUGGAAAUUUUGCCAGAAAAUAUAGUUUCACAGUUACCGCCUGGUAUAGGUAGUAAGAAACAUGCUUUGUAACACUUCAGUAAAUAAAACAGUUCUAUUAA